AUGUCACCCGCGUGCUACUGUCUGACCAAAAAUUCUUACAAUGAGGAGAAAUGCCAGACGCAAAUCGACGCUCUCUACGAGUGUUGCAAUGCCUUCUACCAAAAGAAUGGAGACCAGGCCUCGGUCGUGAGCUGUCCAAAGGCUCAACUGUUGCGGCUUAAGAUGAAACAGCGUGCCCAGGCAGCCGAGAGCCAACCCUAG